AUGAGCAAUCCAAUGAACUAUUUAAUACAAGUAUUAAUAACUAAAUAGUAAGAUAAAUAUAAAUGAAAACCUGAAAUUGAUAAGAUUAGACUCUUUAAAAAUAAAAAAAAUAAUGGAAGCAAAUAUGAUUACCCUGUAUAAAUUAUCAUUAUUACAUAGGUAUUGACUAAAAAUUGUCAACAUUUAAAAGAUUGCUUUGAAUUAAAUGAAUUUAUUGCUAGAUUUUAAGAUAAUUAAUAGUUUAAUUGUCCCAUAUGUAAUUAGAUUGCAACAUAGUUUUCUGAUUUAAUUUGGGAUAUUCGGUCUGAAGCAUAUAAAGAAUUUCAUGAAUCAAUAGAUGAGAUUACGAUAAUAAAGGAAAUAUUGGUUAACAAAUAUUAUAGAAAUAAAAAAUACUCAGAUUUAUUUCAAAAAAAUGAAAUUCAAGACUAAUUCUUAAUUUCAGUAAGUAAUCAAAAUAAUUCCUUAUUAAAUUCUCUAAUUUAUUAAAAUUAAAAUGUAGAAUUGAAAUUGAUUUGUCUAUUAGAUUAUGUAAAAAUUAAUAUACCAACAAGAAUAAAAUAUUGCACACAUCUUGAAUUUUAUGAAUUAACAAGUUUACUCUAUUAUUAAUAAAAUAAAUAGUAAAAUGAAAAAUAUUUCAUAUGUACUUAUUAAAAUUGCUAUAAAAAAAUAGAUAUUUCAAUAUUGCAUAUAUUAAAAAUAUUUUAUAUUAAAUGUUAUUUAGUUUUUAUUAUUAUUAUUUCAAACUUUAAAUUUUAAGGAUGUAUACAUACAUAAAUCAAAAAUUUUUAGAAAAAUAAUUUUAUUCUUUUAGAAUAAUUUACUAUCCACCUUUUUUUUCUAAUUUUAAAUAUUAGCUUAAAAGUCACACAAAAGUAAUUUUAUUUGAUUUAAGGAUAUAACCAACUUUUCUUUAGUUGA